AUGAUCAAAAUAAAUUUUAUUCUGCAUAUCUAUCUAUCUAUCUAUCUAUCUAUCUAUCUAUCUAUCUAUCUAUCUAUCUCUCACAUCCUAUUCAUAUCUAUCUAUCUAUCUAUCUAUCUAUCUAUCUAUCUAUCUAUCUAUCUAUCUAUCACAUCCUAUUCAUAUUGUAUCUAUCUAUGUAUCUAUCUCAUUCUGUGCAUGUCUCUCUUAAUCUGUUCCUAUAAUGGAUCAAGUGAUGGAAUUACUCAAAAUCAAGUUGUAGCCAUUAUCUAUCUAUCUAUCUAUCUAUCUAUCUAUCUAUCUAUCUAUCUAUCUGAUCUGUUUUUAUGUAUCUAUCUGAUUCUGUUUCUAUCUAUCUAUCUAUCUAUCUAUCUAUCUAUCUAUCUAUCUAUCUAUCUAUCUCAGUCUGUUUCUGUCUAUCUAUAUAUCUCAGUCUGUUUUUAUCUAUCUAUCUAUCUAUCUAUCUAUCUAUCUGUUUAUGCAUAA